AUGACAGUCACCAAGAUUGAGAUCCCCAACAUCGAUAUGCGGGACUACUACGAGCGCACCUCCCCGACCAGUAAAGAGGAGGUGGUGGCCCACGUUCGCACCACCUGUCUGGAACACGGGUUCUUUCAGAUCGAGGGACACGGGGUGUCGCUGGACAUCCAGCGGUAUAUGCUCGCAGCCUGCAAGACGUUCUUCGACUUGCCGAUCGAUGAGAAGACGGAGCUGUCACUAUACAAGAAUACAUGGCGACGCGGAUAUGAGGGACCCGGAGAGCAGGAGCCGUUUCAUGCAGUUUUGCUGGAUCAGAAAGAGGCAUUUUUCAUGGGAAGAGAUUUCCCCAGGGACCAGUUCCGUAGACCCGUCGAAGAGUAUUUCGACGCGCUGCUGAAGCUGGGUCAUCGGGAGAAGGUGGACCUCAUUGUGGGCAUGGCCAAUCCGCCGAGUGUUCUCGAUUUCUUCACCAGAGCCCGUCAAGCACGGGCUGGAGGUCUACCACGCGGCCACGGAGCAAUGGAUCCCCGUCCCGCCGUCGAGGACCGGUUCGUCAUCAACCUGGGCGACAUGGUGCAGCGCUGGACAGACGGCGAGUACCAGAGCAACCUGCACCGGGUCAUCAUCAAGGCCGGAACCGAGCGCUUCUCGGUCCCAGCGUUCUGGUACGGGGAUCUCGAGGCCACGAACCCGUUGAAUCCGAGCGAUACGAGUGGUGAGAACGUGCAGGAGUUUAUUCGGAAGAAGUUCUAUCAGGAUUAUUCGUUGCCGUUGGAGAGUAGGGGGACUGCUGCUGUUGUUGGUGUCGCGAAUUGA